GGGUGGCUCCCUAUAAGAGCAGCUGCCUCCAGCCUCCACGUAGCCAGAAAAACCACGCUGAGACUGAGGGAAGGAAACAUACGCUGACAAACUACAACCUGCACCCGAGGGACCCCCUAUUGGCACUGACAGUACCACAGCAGACGGUGGGACCAUGAAGACUGUGGUGGCUCUGCUGUUGCUCUGCCUGUGUAAUCCAGCACAGAGUGACUGUCAGGCUGACUGCCUGUCCUGCAGCAACAUCCUGCCCAAACAGCUCAGUUUCAACACCAUGGUGUGUCUCCUUGAGUGCGAAGGUAACGUUUCUCCAUCCUUCUCCUGGGAUUUCUGUCAUAAAGCGCUGUCAUCUCCCCUUUCUUCGCUCAGUGAUACCAUGCGGAAAAGAUCUCAGGAGGAGGUGGAGGCCCUGUUUCCUGAGCAGGAUGAGAACAUGGAGGAACGUCUGUUGCUGCCUGUUGCACUACAGAGGUUUGAUCAUGUGACCCGGGCACUCGGCGUGGACGACAGGGAUCUAGGUGGCAAGGGCAGUCAGCCGAACACUGCCUACAAUUCCCAGAAUGCCCUAUCUCUUGAAGAUGAGUAUGAGGAUGAGGAGGCAAGGCAGGAGGGAGGGGAUGCUGACAUGGUUGCAAGAGGACAAGGUGACGAAGGGCUGAGUGUCUCCAAGAGGUUUGGCGGCUUCAUCAAAGGGAGGCAUGACUACAGGAAACUGAUGUCCCCGGGAAGGUCAUACCAGAAGCGGUAUGGUGGCUUCAUCGGCAUUCGAAAAUCAGCCCGCAAGUGGAACAACCAAAAACGUUUCAGUGAAUUCCUGAAGCAGUAUCUGGGGAUGAGCACUCGAGCCACUGAGUUCAACAGCCUGUCAGAAGACCUCACCCAACAAAAUGACGUUUAGUGGAGUGCACCUUUAAACCACUGCCAUAAAACUAUUUCCUGAUGUGUUUUCAUUGAUCUUGUUUUGUAUUCCAAUUACUGCCAUGUCAAAGUAACUUGUGUUAUCAAAGCUGAUUUAUUGAAUUUAAGUAAAUUACCAAAAAUUAGGCCUCUAGUCUAUGACUCCAGUUGGAGGUCUUGUUGUCCCAAGACAUGAGAAUGGUUGUUUCUGUUUUCAGUCUCAUGUGUUUACAUUAAUUCUCGUCCAGUUUGAUCCUCCAGUGGAGGUAUUAGAAAAUUUGCCUCCCGUGAAGCCCAUUGUUGAGACUUCCCAUUCUGCGCCCCCUUGUGGGAUGCACGUUUGAUUAGUCGCCCAAAACUUUAUCCUCAUGACCUUUAAAGGAAACUCUUUCUGGUAAUUAUGGGUAGCCAUAUGAAUGAUACAACAGGAUAUAUUUUACUCUUAAAUGCAAUCUGCCAGAUAAAUCAACAAUGGAAGUUAUUAUUUGUGUUCCUUGUAUGAUAUUAUUUGAUUUUUACCAAAUAAGUCUGUGCUCAGCCAUGUAUGAAAAUCUUACAUUUUACACAUCUUACAAUCCUUUUUUUCUUUUGGGGGGUAUCCAUACUUGUUGAAAAUAUUUAAGAUUCUCUCUCUUUAUUAUACCACCAUCAGUUGGCAAAGAACAUAACUUGGCUUCUGUUAAAGAAUAAUAUCAGUGUUUUUUUCAUAUUCUGGCUUCAUGGUGAGGGUAGUAUCAGCAGUAAUGUAAAGUAUACUGUAUGUGAUUUGUGGUAAAUAAAUGAAAACUUGUAAAAACAGCCAAAACCGUUGAUUUAUCACUGUGCCAAAACACAGCUGACACAGGGCUACUUGGGCUAAUUUCAAUAGAUGGUGAAUUAAAAGAUUACAGAGCACUUAACAGUCAUCCAUAUAUGUUACUGAUCAUCUGCCAAACUCGUGAUAUAAAAGUGAGUAUCAUCUAUGACUGGCUCUUGUCUCCAGAUGCCAGAUUCCUCUAUGUACAAACAAUAUUUGGGUCUUUGAACUGUACUGAUGUGAAAUGUUUUUGUUGCCCAUAAUGAGGAAUUGUAAAUAGCUUAAUUUAAACAUUUCAAUAAAUAUAGUUUACUAUUUCCUUCGUGGCUUGUCAUGCAGCAAA